AUGCCGUACGAACUCUUAUUGACUGAUUCCACCCUGAUAAAAGACAUCAAGCUCGAAUUGGAGAGCGAGAAGAAGUUUGUGAAGCCAAUUUAUCAAGAUGGCCGUUAUAAAGUUAUCAGAACGACCAUUACCGAAGACGAUCAUCCAUUGUUAGCGAAACAAAAGUCGUACUUAUUGAGAAAGUAUACUGCAGGACGUUUAUGUGACAAAAAUGAUGAAAACAACAUUGUGGGCUUUACCAGAUCAUUUCUAAAAGCUCGCAAUGUGGCAAACUUUGAAGAGCUCAUCAGUCAUUUGCCCAUACGUUAUACCGUUUAUACUCCGCUGCUACUAUUCAAUAAUUCCAAAGAGAAAUCUUUCAACCAUAUAAAAUGGAGGGAAUUUUUUCAAUUAGUAGGGCUUCCUGUUAAGGAUGAGUACUGCAAGCAAAUGCUGUCCAAAGUUUUCGUGAAGUUGAAACUAACACAUGUAGCUAUAAAUAUGCCCAUUAUAGAGGCCGAUGUAAUGAGACGACCUUUCAACAUAUAUCCACUCUAUGGGGAGUUGGUAUCACCCGCUUUGGAUGUAAGGGCAGAAGAAUUGUGGGACAGCCCCACUGAAACUGAUUUUCAAAGUACUCUUUGGUGCCAUACAAUACAGAAUGGAAUUCAUCAAUACUGGGCACCAAUGUUCACAAUGUUUAGCAGGGGUAAUAUUAAAGAGAAAAAAAGAAUACUGGACAAAUUUCAAGACAUUGAAGGUAACGAUGUCGUUGACAUGUACGCUGGGAUAGGGUAUUUCACGUUGUGCUAUCUAAAAAGGAAUGCAAGAAAAGUCUAUUGUUUUGAAAUAAAUCCUUGGAGUGUUGAAGCUCUAAGAAAGGGUUUAGAUGCGAAUGCAAUAGACCCUCAAAGAUGUAAAAUAUACAACGAGAGUAAUGAGAAUUGUACGGCAAGAAUCAGGGAAGCAGUCACUAGAAAAAUGCGCAUACGACACAUAAAUUUAGGUCUACUACCAACAAGUAAGCCGAGCUGGCCGCUGGCUCUUGAAGUAAUCAGAUUACAGUAUAGCACCAGUUCGAUGAACAUCGUGUCGUUGCAUAUACACGAAAAUGUCCACAUUAUUCACCUGCAAGAUGAUUCCUUCAUCACCAAGACCCUAAAUGCAUUGAAGGCUAUUGACAAAGAUAUGUGUUACGAGGCCAAGCAUCUGGAAAGGAUUAAAACUUUUGCGCCCGACAUUUGGCAUAUUUGUCUUGAUGUAGAUGUUAAAUGUCUUGAGCUCUCCAGUCUUGUACCGCUUACUUAA